AUGCCCCGCGCACCAAAAUCCACGCGCAACACCCCCGGUCUACCCUCGACGACCUUCGUCCUCGACAACGGCGGCUACACCAUCAAGGCUGGCUUCGCACCUUCCGAUCCCGUGUUGGACACGGAAGCCUUGUCGAGAUGUCAUAUCAUCCCAAACUCCAUCGUCCGCAGCCGUGACAGAAAAGUCUACGUCGGUUCGCAGUCUGAGGAAAUCACACAAUGGAGCGAGGCCUUGUUUCGCCGACCGGUCGAGAACGGCCAAGUCGUGAGCUGGGAGGCGCAGAAAGAGAUAUGGGACCAAUCUUUCUUCGAUGAACGGAUUGCUAAGAAGGACCUGCUGGUGAAGAGUCCCGAGGAGACCACCCUGAUCUUCACCGAACCACCUAAUACUAUGCCUGCUUUCCAGAAGAAUGCAGACGAGAUCAUUAUGGAAGAAUGGGGUUUUGGAGGCUAUUCUAGGGUUAUUGGGCCGUCACUUAAUGCCUACAACGAUCUCCAUCCACUCUUCGAGGGCACAUCCUACACAAAGUCAAGCAGCGAUCCCAUGGCAGAUCUGCCGAUGGAAUGCGUUCUUGUGAUCGACAGCGGCUACAGCCAUACCACCAUCACCCCGCUUUUCAACGGCCGGCCUCUGCACCGAGCUGUCCGUCGACUUGAUUUUGGGGGCAAGCAUCUCACGAAUCUGUUGAAAGAAGUCAUCUCCGUUCGCCACUUCGACUUGCAUCAAGACACCAAGAUCGUCAAUGACAUCAAGGAGGACGUCUGUUUCGUCAGCAAUGCUUUCCGAAGGGACCUGGAGAAGACUUGGAAGGGAAACAAAACGAGGCAGAAAUCGGUGUCCUCAAAACCCAAGGAUUCGGACAGUACUAUCGACACCGAACAAGUAGUCACUUCGGAAGAUGAGGAAAUUCGAGUAGAUUACAUCCUCCCUGAUGGCAUCCGCCUUCUUCGAGGAUUUAGCCGUCCUCACGAUCCCACUCCCGCCGCUGCGCGCAAGCGCAAACAGGCCGGCCUUUCCUCGGAACCAGAUGCAGAAAUCUCAAUGACAUUGGGAAAUGAACGCUUCUCCAUCCCAGAAAUCAUCUUCUCACCGGGCGACAUAGGCUCGAAACAGCCUGGGUUGCCCGAUAUUGUGAUGCAGUCACUCAGUGUCCUCCCGCCGCUUUUGCAGGCCACCAUGCUCAGCAACGUUCUGUUAGUUGGCGGGAAUGCGCAAAUUCCCGGCUUUGUGGAGAGAGUCGAAGCUGAGCUACGCAUGAGGGUGAAGAGUGAUUGGAUGGUUCGGGUCCGCAAGAUGGCGGAUCCCGUCACAUCGACUUGGCUUGGUGGCGCGAGGUUGGCGAGUGGAUUUCCCAGGACUGUCAGGGAAUAUGGUGUGACGAGGGAGGAGUAUCUCGAACAUGGGAGUGCGUGGGUUGCAAGGCGCUUUGUGAGUGGCGGGAGUGGGAAAGGGCCUUGA